AGAGAUGAUGUGACUGGAGACCUGCAGCAGGAUUCUCAUCCACCAGUAGAUGAUGUUCUUCAGACAGUCAAAGACAAACACAAAACCAGCAUGAAGAACAAGUAUGAGAGCUUAUUUGAGGGAAUCAAACUACACGAGAAUCAAACGCUCCUGAACAGGAUUUACACACAGCUCUACAUCAUAGAGGGAGAGAGUGAAGGGGUGAAUGAAGAACAUGAGGUUUUACACAUGGAGAAAACACCCAGAACUCAACACCAUCAAGACACUCCAAUCUACUGCAAUGACAUCUUUAAACCUGAAGCAGGAUGUGAGGAGAAGAGAACAGGGCAAAUAAAGACUGUUCUUACUAAAGGCAUCGCUGGAAUUGGAAAAACGGUCUCUGUGCAGAAGUUCAUUGUGGACUGGGCCGAGGGAAAGACCAAUCGGGAUGUAGAUUUCAUGUUUGUGCUUCCAUUUCGAGAGCUAAACUUGAUUAAAGAUGAGCCGUACAGUCUUCACAAACUUCUGCUGGACUUUCAUCCUGAACUUCACGAUCUGGACUCAAAGAUUUAUGAUGAGUGUAAACUUGUGUUCAUCUUUGAUGGUCUGGAUGAAAGCAGAAUUAAACUGGAGUUUUCAGACAUUGAGAAAGUUCCUGAUGUGACUGAGACUUCAUCAGUGGGUCUGUUGAUGUCAAACCUCAUCAAAGGAGAUCUGCUUCCCUCCGCUCUCAUCUGGAUCACCUCCAGACCAGCAGCAGCCAAUCAGAUCCCCUCCAAAUACAUCAAGCGUGUGACAGAGAUUCAGGGAUUCAAUGACCCUCAGAAGGAGGAAUAUUUCAGGAAGAGAAUCAGUGAUGAGCAUCAAGCCAGCAGAAUCAUCUCACACAUUAGAAGAGCAAGAAGCCUCCACAUCAUGUGCCACAUACCAGUCUUCUGUUGGAUCUCAUCCACUGUGCUUCAAAACAUCCUGAAACAAGACGACAGUGCAGAAAUCCCUCAAACUCUGACUGAAAUGUACAUCCACUUCCUGCUCAUUCAGAUCAAUGUGAGGAAUCAGAAGUAUGAAGUGAAUAAUGAAAGAGAUCAGAAGUAUAAAAAUAAAUUUUUGAUGAAACUCCUGUCUAGAAAAGUGAGAAAUCCAAAAAAACUCCUGCAGUCCAACAGAGAAGUGAUUGUGAAACUUGCUGAACUGGCUUUCAAACAGCUGAUGAAGGGCAAUGUCAUGUUCUAUGAGGAGGACCUGAAAGAGAGCGGCAUAGACGUCACUGACGCCUCAGUGUAUUCUGGGAUCUGCACUGAGAUCUUUAAGGAGGAAUCUGUGAUUCAUCAGAGGAAAGUCUACAGCUUCAUUCAUCUGAGCUUUCAGGAGUUUCUGGCAGCUUUCUUUGUGUUUUACUCACAUUUAAUGAAGAAGAACAGUGAAUCACUGCAGAUGAUUCUGGAUUAUAGAUAUAAAUCAUACAUUAGAAGAAACUGUCUGUAUAAUCUACUAACAGCAGCAGUUAAUAAAGCCCUUCAGAGUGCAAAUGGACAUCUGGAUCUUUUCCUGCGAUUCCUGCUGGGCAUCUCACUGAAAUCCAAUCAGAGACUCUUACAGGAUCUACUGACACACACAGAGAACAGUUCGGAGAGCAUCAGAGAAAUCACACAGUACAUUAAAGACAAAAUCAAGCGUGAUGAUGAUGGUAUCUCAGAUGACAGAUUCAUCAAUCGGGUCAGUGAUAACUAUGAACCUCUCUCAGAUGACAGAUUCAUCAAUCGGGUCAGUUAUUACUAUGAACCUCUCUCAGAUGACAGAUCCAUCAGUCGGGUCAGUAAUAACUAUAAACCUCCCUCAGCUGACAGAUCCAUCAAUCUGUUCCUGUGUCUGCUGGAGAUGAACGAUCAGACUCUGUCCAGAGAGAUUCAGGAGUUUGUGAAAUCAGACAAACACUCAAAGGAGAAACUCUCUCCUGCUCAAUGUUCAGCGAUCGCCUACAUGCUUCAGAUAUCAGAGGAGGUGAUGGAUGAGUUUGAUCUGAAGAAAUACAACACAUCAGAUGAGGGCAGAAGACGACUGAUACCAGCUGUGAUGAAGUGCAGAAAAGCUCUACUGGCAGGCUGUAAUCUCACUGAUGAGUGCUGUGAAAGUUUGUCUUCAGUUCUACAAUCAUCAAACUCCCUGGGAGAGCUGGACCUGAGUAACAAUGACCUGCAGGAUUCAGGAGUGAAGCUGCUCUCUGAUGCACUGAGGAGUCCUCACUGUACACUAGAGAUAUUGAGAUUGGCAGCUUGUAGAUUCACUGAUCUGUACUGUGAAAGAUUGUCUUCAGUUCUACAAUCAUCAAAUUCCUCAAGUCUGAGAGAGCUGGACCUGAGUAACAAUGACCUGCAGGAUUCAGGAGUGAUGCUGCUCUCUGAUGCACUGAAGAGUCCUCACUGUACACUGGAGAUAUUGAGAUUGGCAGCUUGUAGAUUCACUGGUCAGUGCUGUGAAAGAUUGUCUUCAGUUCUACAAUAUUCAAACUCCUCAAGUCUGAGAGAGCUGGACCUGAGUAACAAUGACCUGCAGGAUUCAGGAGUGAUGCGGCUCUCUGACGGACUGAAGAGUCCUCACUGUGCACUGGAGAUACUCAGAUUGGCAUUUUGUGGAUUCACUGGGCAGUGCUGUGAAAGUUUGUCUUCAGUUCUACAAUCAUCAAAUUCCUCAAGUCUGAGAGAGCUGGACCUGAGUAACAAUGACCUGCAGGAUUCAGGAGUGAAGCUGCUCUCUGAUGUACUGGAGAGUCCUCACUGUACACUGGAGAUAUUGAGAUUAUCUGGCUGUAUGGUGACAGAGGCUGGAUUUUGUUCUGUGGCUUCAGCUCUGAGUUCAAACUCCUCACACCUAAGAGAGCUGGUUCUGAGCUACAAUCACCCAGGAGAAUCAGGAGCCAAUAUGCUCUCUAAGAGACUCAACGAUCCAAACUGCAAACUGGACAAACUGAAUGUGGAUCAUGGAGGAGAGUUCAGGAUUACAGCAGGACCACGGAAAUAUGUCUGUGAUCUCACACUGGAUUCAAACACAGCACACCCUGAACUCAUUCUGUCUGAGGGGAACAGGAAGGUGACGGGUGUGAGAGAGUGUCAGUCAUAUCCUGAUCAUCCAGAGAGAUUUGAUAAGUGUCGUCAGGUUUUGUGUAGAGAGAGUCUGACUGGACGCUGUUACUGGGAGUCUCAAUGGAGUGGAGAUGCUGCUGUUAUAGCAGUGUCAUAUAAAGAAAUCAGCAGGAAAGGAAAAAGUUAUGACUGUGCAUUUGGAUUCAAUGUAAACUCCUGGAGACUUAGAUGCUAUAAUGGCACAUUCACUGUCAGACACAAUAAUAACAGCACUGAAAUACAUCCCCCUUCACAUGGCUGUAAGAGAGUAGGAGUGUAUUUGGACUGGCCAGCCGGCACUCUGUCCUUCUACAGCGUCUCUGACACACACACACUUACACACUUACACACACUCAUCACCACAUUCACUCGACCCCUCUAUGCUGGAUUUGAUCUUUAUUGUGAUUCCUCAGUGAGUCUGUGUGAAAUUGAACAUUAGAGGCACACACACACACACACACACACACACACACAUCUGGAUGAGUGAAAUAUACUCACUGUAUCUCACAUCAACACAACUCCAAACUGGGGGACAUACCAAGCAAAGAGCAGAUGCGUGUUCAUAUACAACCAGUAAGAAAAGAUCAUUAUGGGUUAAUUACAUGAUGACUCACUGUGUGUUAUUAAAUUAUAUUGUUAGAAUGUAUAUUCUCUAGAAACAAAUGAUUUUUUUAGACAGCUUGGGAAAUUUCCACCAUUAUGCUAAAACCAGAUCUAGGAAAUAAUGGUGGUGAGCUGAGAUGAUGUAAAGCUCAUUACCUGAAGAUUAAUGGGCUCAGAGAAGAUAACAGAAUUGUAUAAAGAUGUGGGACAGAACUGAAGAGUCAGAAUGCACAGCUGCCUUCUCAGGUUUAUUGGUUGCUUAAUAAACUUCUACCUUUGAUA